UUAUGAUUAUAUGAUAAGUUGUUAACAGUGAAAGAACAAUAAAGUAUGAGUAAAGGAAAAACAAAAAUGUUGUAUAUUUUUAUAGUAUUUAAUAUUGUGUUAUGUGUUUGUGGGAAACAUGAAGAGUAUAAGGGAUUUCAAGUAUAUAACAUAGACUUAAAGACAGAAGAACAGCAGAAAAACCUUCACCUCCUAAAGAGUGAUGGAAUAGACUUUUGGAGGAAGCCAUCUCAGAAAUAUGGAGUUGUGGGCAAGGCUAUGGUCCCGCCGUCACAUAGAUUGUGGUUUGAAGACAAAUUAAAGGAACUAGGAGUAGAGAAAGAGAUUGCAAUUAAUGACGUUUUUGAGUACUUAUUGGAAACAGAAGAAGAGUUCAAAAAUGGCAAUUCAUCAUUCGACUUUGACGGAUACUAUAGAUAUGAUAAGAUCAUUGACUACAUGAAAGCAAUUGAAAGUUCAUACGAAAACUCAACUGAUGUAGAAAUUAAAUUAGUAGAAAUUGGGAAAACUGACGAAAGUAGACCCCUCGUCUACUUCAAAAUAGGCAAUCCUACUCGAAAUAACUCAGUGGUUAUCAUAGAAGCUGGAAUAAAUCCACGUGAGUGGAUAACUAUCCCUGCCGCGUUAAACGUUGUGGACAAAGUGAUUCAGCAAAGACGAUUCCUGGAUGGUUUGGACUGGAUAAUUAUUCCAGUGGUAAAUCCAGAUGGUUACGAAUAUACACACACAAAUCUUCGUCUUUGGACGAAAAAUCGAAGCGUGCGCAGCAAUCUUGGCACCAUCUGUCCUGGCGUCAACAUCAAUCGUAAUUUCGACAUUGACUGGCGAAUAUCUGACUCUAGCACGAGCCCCUGCAGCCAUUUAUACGCUGGUACGGAGCCAUUUUCGGAACCGGAAACACGUUUUAUCAGAACACUACACAUGAAGUACAGCGAACGUAUACAACUAUACAUUUCCUUGCAAAAUACAGGUGGCUUCAUUGCCUACCCAUGGCAGUAUGAACGCGCGGCAAGUGGCAUGUUUCGCCAGCACUAUCUUCUGGGUACACAAAUGGUGGAUGCCGUGGGUGGUGACUACAAUCUGGACAUUGGUUCUUUGGCAUUUGGUGAUCGUGCAUCUGGUACUAGUACAGAUUAUCUAACGUUGAAUGGUGUGUUAUAUGCUUUUAAUAUCGAUGUGCAAGAUCAAGAUGUGCAAGUAGAAAAUAUUAAAACCGUUGUAGAUAAGGUUUGGAGAGGUAUAGCUGUUGCAGCAGAAAGUUUUUUAGAAUAAAAAACAGUGGCGUAUCUUUAUUUCCUAGUGUUCCGACUUAACUGAGGUUCAAGCUCACGUGAAACCACAUACUUAUUAAAGUUUUUUUUUGAUACUAGCACCAUGGACGAAAUAUAUGUGAAUGAGUUGUAAAUGUGUCCAGUACUAUAAAAAGAACAAUAAAAAUAUUAAAUAUGCUUUUGCUUUAAAUAUCAUAUAUAGUUAUUUUUUUUAAAUAAAAACGCCUAUCGCCCAUUGUUUACAGUGGGGGCCUUUGUAUCCACGGGGCCCUGGGCUCCAGCUCAAAAAAGCUCUUAAACAGAUUCGCCCCUGCAGUUAGGCGUAUCGGGGCGAUUAGAAAAUUUAUAGAAAUUACACUGACUUUUAAACCAAAGCUGAAAAUCACAGCUAAAAACUUUUUGAACUAAACUGUCGAAGUUGAAGUGGUUACCUUUAUACAGAAGGGUCAAACCACAGAGUUCCCAAGUUUAAUUAAGCCUUAGGAAGACUUCUGAAAACCCUAUUAAAAAAUGUAUUUCAUUAAAAAUUAUUUAAUAAUUAUUACGAUUAAUUCGUCUGAGUCUAUUUUAUUUCUAUCAUCCUUCUAUCAUUUAUGUGAAGUUAGCAGAGCACUUUCCAGCAGAGCACAAAAAAUGAGAGUUUUAGAAAUAGUUCUGGACUUUUAAGCCCAUACUUUUAUUAAAUCGUUUUUUAAGCCAAUUUUCAUCAUAUAGAGGUAUGUUAUCCUAAGAGAAAACGGAGAGUUCUAAUAGAUCUAAUAGAAACCGCGGAGUUCCCAUGUCUAGACCUAAAGGAUUUUUUUUUUAAUUUUUAAAAAAUAGAGUUCUGGUCUGGGCAGUCGUCCUGUCUCUUCAGCUCUCCAGACUUGUACAUAUUGUUUUUUUUUAUUUAGUUAAACCUUUGAAAAUGCUCAUUAUUUCGUUUUCUCAAUAUUUUUGGAUUCAAGUAAUAGCGAACUAUUACAAUUGAAUUUGUUGUUUUAAUGAGAACUUAUUUAUAGAAAUCUAGAAGAAAUUCUUUGUUUUGAUCGGGAAGCUAGCAGAGCAUUUUACGAUUUAAAAGCAUGAAAUAUAUAAUUCUUAAAUAUUAUUAGUAUUUCAUUAACUCUUUCUAACAACUAUCAGGAACUAUAGAACCAUUGUGUGUGCUGCAACACUGAUUUUUUUGCUCUGCGAUAAAGUGCUCUGGUAAGUUCACAAACACCCUUAUAUGCCUGUAAUUUGAGCUCGAUAAAUGAGAUGUGACAUUUUUAUUACAAGUUAUACUUGUUUUAGCUUGUAAGUGAAAAAUGUUCAGAUUAAUAUUUACGACACGCGUCAAAAACCUGAAUAAAUGUCCAUUUCAUUAAUUAAUUAAUUUCGUAAAAAUAUUUUUCUUGUGAUAUUUAAAUAAACUUUAACUAGAUAUUUUUUU